AUGAACAUUCUUUCUUUAUCACAACCUUAUAAUCAAGACUGUGGGUUGAAUUCACCUCCACAUCCAAAACAAAUUAUUGGAUAUUUUCCUGCUUAUAAGUCUGAUAAUAAUAAUAAUGUAACAGCAUAUCAAAAUAUCAUCUCGUCAAUUACUCAUUUAUACUAUAUUGCGUUUAGUCCAACUGAUCUUAUUGGUAUGAAGCCAUAUCAAGUGUUUCAGAACCAACUCUUAACAUUUAAUCAAACGAAAGCUAAUAUUAGUGGAAACAUCUUAUUACCUGCUGAUAAUAAUUUAAUACAGUUACCUCCGUUUGCUAAUGUUUUAAAUGGAGGACGGUACAAUUCAAACGAUUCGGCUACCCAGAAUUUCAUAAAUGAUUUAGUUAAAAUUGUUAAUGAUUACUCAUUUUACGGAAUCGACAUUGAUUAUCCUAAUAAGCUUCCAUGUUUUCAAUUCAAUAAUAAUAUUAUAGAUUCUUUUUUCAUACCGUUUCUAACUGAUAUAUCAAACAAAUUAAAACAGUCUAGUAAGAUUUUAACAGUUACGGCAGGUCAAUAUCCUAUAAAUGGCAUUAACUCUGAUAUAAUUAGUUUUGUAAAUAUUCAGGCGUUUCGUCUUAAUAUAAAUACCACACAUUUCAGUGCUGGAUUAGACGACAUUCAAACAAUUUUUAAUAAUUGGAGUAAUAAAAUCGAUAGAAACAAACUCAUUUUAGGAAUCGAAUUGGGUGGCAUUAUUGAAGCUAUUAAGUCUCAUAGUAGUAAUGUUGCUAUGGACAUUUUUAAUCAAGACUUUACAAUUUCGCGUAAAGACAUUACCUUCCCAUUAAGUGUUGAUGAAAAUAUUAAAGAUCCUUGUGCUUUAUCACCAUAUGGACGUGUGUCAUGGAAUACUUUAAGUGCAUUCUUAUUACCGCCUUGUUAUAAAAACAUAAAUACAACAAAUUCACAACAGUGGAACUAUAACUUUAACGAUUUUCAAUCAUUAUCUGCCAAACUUGGCUUUAUGCAAAAUAAUGAUUUGGCAGGAAUUGCGAUUUCCGAUAUCACGAAAGAUUCACAAUUUGCGAACUUUAUUUUGGGAAAUAUAACACCAAGUACUUCUACACCACCAUCAUCUCAGUCUAAUGUGGGUGUAAUAGUAGGCAGCAUAAUAGGUAGUGUAGUAUUUGUUAGUGUAUUAGUGGCUUCUGGUUUUAUAUUAUAUCGAAGAAACAGAGUAGGAAAAGGAAAUGUUAAAACAACUGUUGUGGCAAUGUUUGAUUACGUGGGUAAAGAAGAAAAUGAUUUGAGUUUUAAGGCAGGCGAUUUAAUUGAAGUACUUGAGAGAGGAGAUGGGCCUAAUGAUUGGUGGGUGGGUAGAUUACAUGGCAUUAUAGGUGAAUUUCCUG